AGAUACUUCUAAUAUUGGCUAGCCAGAAGUGUUUGCAUCGUCAUGAACGUGUUACGUAACCUUUGACUAUCAUGAAUGUUGCGAAAUGUAACUGUCGCUUCUCGAGUAUGAUCAGUUAGUUUCCAGAAUACCGUGAUCGGGAACGGUCAUUACACUGCAGAUACAUCGAAUCGAUCAACCGGUCCUAUCAACGUUAACGAUUAAUCGAUAAUGGCGCAGAUACCAAACCUUACGUUUUCCAAUGGCCACAAAAUGCCAGCUUUUGGCCUUGGUACAUAUCAGUCGCGCGCUGGAGAGGUAGAGAAGGCUGUGAUAGAGGCAAUAAAUAUCGGAUAUCGCCAUAUCGACACAGCGUUCUAUUACCAAAACGAAAAGGAAAUUGGCACGGCGAUUCAAGCAAAAAUUAAGGACGGUACAGUGAAGAGAGAGGAUCUCUUCGUCACAACGAAGCUUUGGAACAACUCACACGAAGAGAAGAGCGUAGUACCAAUGUGUAAAAAAUCAUUGGAAAAUCUUGGCUUAAGUUACGUGGAUCUGUACUUGAUACACUGGCCGUUUGCCUUCCAGCCAGGCGGCGAUUUAAUGCCCAGGGAUGCCAACGGUGCUCUUUUAAUGUCCGAUACCGAUUAUCUCGAGACUUGGAAAGGAAUGGAAGAAUGCGUACGUUUAGGAUUGGCACGCAGUAUCGGCAUCAGCAAUUUCAACAUCGAACAAAUCACUCGUUUGCUCGGUGCUGCAAAAAUUUUGCCCGUAAACAAUCAGAUCGAAGUUAACGUGAACGUGAAUCAAAAAGAGCUGAUCGAAUUUUGUACGAAACACAACAUCACGGUAACUGGAUUUUCGCCAUUGGGACAACCGGGGAAUAGAUCGGGGAUACCGACUUCUUUGGACCAUCCAAAAAUCGUAGAACUUUCGAAAAAGUACAACAAAACGACAGCGCAGAUUACCCUGCGUUACUUGUUGCAAAGAGGUAUCGCGAUUAUUCCGAAAACCGUAACGGCUAGCCGAUUGAAGGAAAAUAUAGAUAUAUUUGAUUUUUCCUUGACGCCCGAGGAAGUGGAAGUUGUGUCGACCAUCGGAACGGGCCAACGCGUGUCACGUUUUGGCGACGCCAAAGAUCACAAGUACUAUCCGUUCGAAAAGUAAACGUUUCGUAGUAAAUGCGUGAAACAGCAGGAAACGGCUCGUCAAAUCCC